AUGACAGUCCCGCCGUCGUCGUCUCUUGAACGCGGGGAGCCAUGGUUCGACGACGGCAACAUCGUCUUGCUCGCCGACGCGUCCAAUGUCGCGUUCAAGGUCCAUCGCGGCAUGCUGGCUCGGCACUCGGAGAUCUUCCAGUCGAUGUUCGAGCUGCCGCCUCCGACGCAAGCAGACGUGGACCGAGUCGACGGCUGCCAGCUUGUCAGGAUGUAUGAUCUACCAGAGGAGCUCAGCAGCCUGAUCAAAGCCUUGUACGACGGCGCGUCGUUUCAGGAUGGUAGCGUUGAAGACUUCUUCUACGUCGUGGGCAUCUUGCGCCUUUCAACCAAAUACUUCAUCGCGCAUCUCCGCACACAGGCUAUACGCUUCCUCGCCCAGACGUGGAGUUACACAUUGCGCGGGCAUGACCACAUGGUGGAACAAGCCAUUCGGGCACCUCUCGUCAAUGGCACGACCUAUCCAUACGUCCAUCCCCUGCAUGUCCUCAAUCUGGCUAGGGAAUCUCAUGCCACCGUCCUGAUUCCCUCCGCCUUGUAUUUCCUCUCCCUCUACCCUCUCCCCGAUAUCCUGCGCUGCGACCACCCGAAGUUGCUAGUCGAGCAUCCAUCACGUCCAUCAUCUGAGCUGUCGGCUCAAGACAUGAAGGACUACACCCUCAUGUUUCAGCAUAGGAUCGACACACUCCUCAACUUCACACGCGGCGUCUGCAGUCAACAGGAGCAAUGCAGUACAUGUGAAAGAGAGCGAGGUGUAUGCACGAAGGCCUUUCGGCGGCUCGCGCUAAACCUGUCGUAUGCAUGGAUGCUCAGGACGGGGCCGCUGCACUUCAUGGUCCAGGCAGUGGACCAACUCGAUAACGACUCUACCGUUUGCACGCCCUGUCGAAAAGCCUUUCGCGACAAGGUCUUCGAGGCGAGACAGAAGGCGUGGGACGAACUUCCUGGGGUUGUCGGUCUGCCGAGCUGGGAAGAGCUGCAGACGGUCGACCUCGGCACGAGCGAUGAUCGCGGGCCCAACGGCGGGGCGACGUCACCUGCCAGCAGGCCAGACACACGGAGAGAGGGGAAGAGGUAG